AUGCCACUAUCCGCCCAAGCAACAGCCAAGGUGAUGGCCAGGAAAUCGACGCGCAGAGAUGCUCCUCCAAGGGCUGCAAAGCCAGCAAAGCCAGCAAAGCCCACAUCGAUUGUGGCGAAGGUGAAGGCGAAGGCACCAGCAGGGACUCCCGCAGCAAAGAACCCUACCUCGGUCCCACUACUCGUGCCGCCGGUAGUUCUCGCAGCUCCCAAGCCAAGCAUGAAGCGCCCCCGGCCGGAGGAGCCUGCCCCACAACCGUCCAAAAGGCUGAAACCCGAUCAAUCAAUUAGCUCGCCCCCAUCACAGAAACUAGACGUCUUCGUCUUUGGCGACGGCGAGUCUGGUGAACUCGGUCUGGGCCCAAAGGCGAUUGAUGGAAACCCUCCUGUCAAUGUGGAGCGUCCGCGUCUCAAUCGGCUCCUUGAUGCCGGCGCCGUCGGGGUCGUCCAGGUUGCAGUGGGAGGGAUGCACUGCAUAUCAUUAACCCACGAUCAAAAUAUAUAUACGUGGGGCGUCAACGAUAAUGGUGCGCUUGGCCGCGACACGACGUGGGAGGCUCCUACGCGGGACAUCGAUGGCAAUUCCGAUACCGAAGAGGAGGAUAGUGAUUUGAGCCCGAAGGAAAGCACACCUAUUGCCGUGCCAACAGAUGAGUGCUUCGGCAAGCAUGCGAAAACCUACGUCCAGGUUGCCGCAACUGAUAGCGCCAGUUUCGCCCUUGCAAAUGAUGGCUCUGUCUAUGGCUGGGGAUCAUUUCGUGGAAAUGAUGGCGUCAUGGGAUUUACUACCGCGGAUGCUAUCGACGCCGCAAAGACCAAAAUGGACAAAAAGAAGUUGCAGCCAAGGCCCAUUCUCAUCCCCCACUUGAAGAAGAUCAAGUUUCUUGCUACCGGAAGCGACCACGUCCUCGCCCUUGACCAUAAAGGCGACGUCUAUGCUUGGGGUUCAGGGGAACAAAACCAACUCGGACGCCGUAUUGUCCAGCGAACUCGAUUCCAGGCCCUUACGCCUUGCCGAUUUGGCCUAUCAAAAAUAAGCUCCGUUUCUUGUGGCGCGUAUCAUAACUUUGCUAUCAAUGCAAAGGGCCAGGUGUUUGCUUGGGGAUUGAACAAUUAUGGCCAAACAGGAAUUGCGGACGGAGCUGGGGAAGGCGAUGCUUGCGUUAUGAAGCCGACGCUCGUCGAAGCCCUUAAACCUUACAGGAUCAAGGCGAUUAGCGGUGAAAAUCAUCAUUCGAUUGCUUGUACCGAGGACAACGAGGUCCUAAUUUGGGGACGCUGCGAUGACUCUCAAGCUGGUAUUAAGUUGGACACCUUGCCUAAAGAUGACGUUAUGCUUGAUAGUCGCGGUAGGCCGCAGAUUCUGAUGAAACCUACUAUUAUACCAGGUCUUCGGGCGGUGUCUGUUACCGCUGGGAUCGAUAAUUCGAUCGCUAUUACCCAAGAGGGCAAAGCAUAUUCCUGGGGGUUCUCGGACAAUUUCCGCACUGGUCUUGGGACACAGGAGGCUGUGGAAGCCCCUACGUUUCUAGACAACGCUGAUGUGAAGGGGAAGCGAUUGACCUUUGCGGGAUGUGGUGGACAGUUCUCAGUGCUUGCUGGCCCGGCUUUACUGGAGGGCGAUUACUGA